UGAUGAUUCUGAAAAGUAUAUUUUUACUACUAGCUAUUACAUAUGCAAGUGCAGAUUUUGGAUCCUUUGAUUUCCCAGAGUGUUCAAAACCUAAUCAGCCAGUUUACGGUGGUGAUCCAUGUCAAGUGUGUGUUUGUACUCAUCAGCUACAAGUUAAUUGUACAAUAAGAUCUUCAUGUCUCAAGAGUAACUUUGCUGAUGUUCCAUUAGUAAAAACUUCUGAUAAUGUUCUACCAACAAAAGACGCAAAAGAAACAAAAACUAAAACUGAAAAUGUAACACCUGGUACAACUAAACCACCAUGUGUACUUGGUACAUUCUAUCGUAAAUAUUGUAAUACAUGUAAAUGUUUUGCAAACGGACCAGGAUGUACACAAAAGUUUUGUCAUAAUAAUAUUUAUAAUUUUGAUGGAACAUUGGUUAAAAGUAAAUCUCACAAAGAAGAAUUUGAUAUAUUUACAAACCUUAAUUUAAAUGAAGAUAAAGAUAAUGGAUAUUUUAAUUAUGAUCAUAUUGGUGCUAAUAAUAACAAUCUUAAUAUUGUACCAAUCUCAGGUAAAAAAAUUGGAAAUCCUGUUUUUGGUUCCACAAAAACAACAGAUCGUUUAAAUUUACCACCAACAAUGCAAGCCGUAGAGGACUUUUAA